AUGAUCAUGGAGACCUAUCAACGACGGCGAUUCCGAAAAUCCAAGGAAACCGGCUCGGAAAUGGAGCAGCGCAACAGCUGCAAGAACGGCGUCCAUGGUAACCCUCCAGCAGUAUUGUUCCCCACGUCUGACCGUAGCCCAAAGUUCCAGCUCAACAGUACAGAUGGGAAUUCCGAGAUCCCUUUUGGAGUUUAUCAAUUCAACAAGAAUCAAGUGGAGGUGGGCUCCGUUUAUGAGAUUGAUCAUCUUCACUUGCCUCCAAGGACCCCUAUACAGCUCAGGACUAUCCGGGUUGCAAUGGUGAGUGAGAAGACUGAGCUAAAUGUGGCAGUGAGAUAUCCGAGCAUGGAUUCCCUUCAGACUUACUUCAGCAAUAUCAUCGAAGAGAUGUACCCAGCCUUAGAUGAGAAAUUUGUGAUGGGAACAGCACUUGCAGCAAAAGUGCUCCGCCGUCGGGUCCCUUCUCAACAGUUUGCCGAGAGUAAGCAUUUGAAGAGCUUCUGGUUAGUCAACGCUGCUACAGUGGAUGCGAGUGAAUCAGACGACAGUUACAAGAAGGGAAACUUGUUGACGGAACUGAAAUCCUCUGCGGUGGUUCGAUGGGGCAUUAGGCGACAGGUCAAGUUUCUGGAAAGGCAUAAGGAAAAAAUAAAUGACAACGUCCAGUCUUCUUCCAGUCUCUAUAGUAAAGAAAGUAUGAAGACAAAAGCUGAAGACGUUGAGAAUACAGAAGAAACAGAUGGUGAUGACGAGGAUGAAGAAGAUGAAGUUGAUCAUGAACAAGAGGAUGAUGAAGAUAAUGAUGAAAGAGAAGAUGAUGAUGAAGAGGUGCCUGAUGAUUCGGAUGAAGAAGGCCAGGAGACGGACAGAAACCUCAAGAGAAAGAGAUAUCGGCUGAGAAACAGUACUCGAGAAAAUACAAAGAAAGUCAAGGUUGCAAAAAAGAAGCAGCAGCAGAAGAAGAAAACGAUAAAGAAGAAAAGCAGAGGAAGAACGAGCAAAAACCGAUGCAGAGAAUUAAUGGUGAUUGAGAACCCAAAAGACAGAUGGUCUGCUGAGAGGUACAAGCUUGCAACUCAGAACCUAUUGGCGGUGAUGAAAGCAAAACGGGCAACAGCAAGCCACCCAAUUCUGAGGCCUGAUCUGAGGGAGGAGGCUAGGAAGAAGAUAGGGGACACAGGGCUGUUGGAUCAUCUUCUCAAGCACAUGGCUGGUAAGCUUGCACCAGGUGGAGAAGAAAGAUUCAGGAGGAGGCAUAAUGCUGAUGGUGCCAUGGAGUAUUGGUUGGAAAGUGCUGAUUUAGUCAGCAUCAGGAAGGAGGCUGGUGUGAGUGAUCCCUUUUGGGUUCCCCCACCUGGAUGGCAACCCGGUGACAAUCCUACUCAGGAUCCUGUUUGUGCUAGGGAAUUGAAGCUGCUGAGAGAAGAGAUUGCCAAGCUUAAAAGGAAUAUGAAGGAUAUGGUUCCCAGAAAGCUGUUGGAACAAGAAAUCGAAAAGCUAAGAAGAGAGAUUGGCAAGACUAAAUCCAGCAAGCAGCAAGAGGAAAGUCUAGCCAUUGAGCUCUAUUCAAAUCCUUCUGAUCUCAGUCAAAAGUUAAAAGAGCUUGCCUAUUCAUUAGAAGCUGCAAAACCUGAUAUUGCUAAAGCACCCGGGUCUCUGGAAAAGUACAAUGAGCAAUUAUUGGUCAUACAAGAUGUUGUUAUGGGGAUAGAGGACGAGAUAAAGAAGCUGUUGCCACAGGAUGAUCACAAAGGGAAAGAGAAGUCCAAAAUGGCAUUAAUGGCUGUUGAUAAAAAAGAGAAGCAGCAGAAGCAGGUUGAACUGGAUUAUGGGAGAGAGGAAGAAGAAAUGGUAGACAUAGUAAGUGUGGGGCAAGCAGAGGAAACAGCUGCAGCUAAAGCCAAAAGAGCAGCAGCCAUGGCAGAGGAAAAAGCAGCAAAGAUAGAGAGGCUGAAGAGUGGGUUCAGGAUCUGCAAACCCCAGGGGACGUUCCUUUGGCCCAGCAGCAUGGCCCGCAACAACACCGUAACUACGACCACCACCACUACCACCACAACCAACGAUGUUGUGGCUUCCCCUCAGGUUGUGGUCCAAUUUGAGGAUUCUUUUGUGGUCCCUACCCCACCUUCUGUCUCUUCCUCCACCGCCUUGGCUCCCCCUCAGCUGCCUUACCACCACCCUAACACCGCCGCCGCCGCCUCCCUCCGUCCACCUUCCCCUGUGAAGCCUUUGGCUGAGAGGCGUGCAGUUACCGUCACGGUUUCCACCUUGUCCACUGAGAAAGGGGACAACAAUUACUCCACCACAACUACCACUACCACCAGCACCAAGAACAAGUUUGACCCUUCUUCUUACAUUAACCUGAAUGAUGUCCCUUCUAAUCCUGCUGUUGGAUUUUCUGGCAACCUGUUACCUAUUGUGAUCCCCCCGGUGGUAACUGAUGAAGUACAUAAGAGAAGAAGUAGAUCAUUUGAGGUGCUUUGUGGAGAUGUUGGGUCAGCAACAAGUGGUGCAGUGAAAACUCCAGACAAUUUUGUGCCAAAGAAACUAUGCAAAUCCCUUUCUACAGCAUCAUGCUUGUCCACAGCAAAGGAUAUGGGUACAUGGCUUGCUUUGGCACCUGCAAGUUCUGCAUCUGAGGAUUCCAGUUGA